GCACUUCUGACUCGGGCGCGCGAGCUUUCAGCGGCUUGUCCCCAGCACUCAGUGACAGAGUUUAAGAAAACAGCAGGCGACUUUACGCGAUAUUUCUUUCUGCAAAGCGACUUUGCUGCCUGGAUUUCGACACGGUCUACACAAGCCCAAGCUUGGAAAAUGUAACCCGGCCAAAGAAAAUAAGAUGAGGAACUGGCAUCCUCAUCUCCUCUUGGCCAGUGUUUCUGCAUUGCAUGCAGGCUAAUCCCAUAGCCCAUGUACACUAUGGCAACAAUUGAUUCAGCCUCAGAUGCACAAGACCUGUUGGCUUCCAUUCACCUUGAAAGAUAUCUGAACCACUUUAGACAAGCAGGGUUUCUUCUGGCCCGGGACUUCUGUCAUGUAGACAAUACUGCUCUUAACAGACUUGGAGUGAUCGCCACUGGCCACAGGAAGCGGAUUCUCAAACUGGUCGAGCACAUUCAGCUGAUCUGUAAGUAUCAUAGGACGGACACUGCGCUGGAUCGCUGUAACUCAGAGUCAGCCAUCAAUGAAGUAACUCCUGAUGGAAAUCUUUCACCUCAAGGAAAAGCAGACACAUCUUUUGAAUCUCUGCGCAACAUUUCAGCACCAAAUUCAUCUGCGUUUGUGAAACGCUCCCACUCAGCGUGUAGUGCUACCGUUGUGAAGCCUGUCCCGAAACCUAGAACUGUUUUUAACAAAAAUAAUGUGACGCAGUCUUCUAAACCUGUGCAGCAGGAAGUGCAGCUCUACGGAAGGUCCUCCCAGGAUUCUGCUUGUUUUGCUAUUCUGGAAGGUUCUUCUGCAGAAGUACCUAGCUUAACCUCAAUAGGCCUGAAACAAAGCUUAAGUGAAGAGAUCUUAGAAAAAAGUAUUUCAUCCCCAGACGUUAGUGGACCACUACCUCCAGUACCCCCAAGGGUCAAACGUGGGGCUCCCCCAUCCAUUGUCAGGGGCAUGUCAAGCCAGGCCCAGCAGAGCACUCCUCCACUGCCCCCUUUUCCUGACUCCCCUUCCAGUUAUCAGUGUUCUCCUUUCACCAGUGUACCUGGUUCACCUCCUAGCCCUCCAUGCUCUAGCCUAGAGAUGGUCUCCAAUGAAAUAUACAGUGGCACUUUACCUGCUAUUUCACCUACAAUCUGGAGCCGCUCUAUUCCAAUCCCACCGCCACGCCAAGAGCCAAACACAUCUGCUGCCAGUAAUAGCACUUUAAAUGACACCUCAUCAGAACUGUCUAAACGUACAUUGGCUUCUGCUGAGAACCAGGAGGAAAUGAUCAGUCCAUACUGUGAAACGGUUUUCCAUGGCAAGUGGCAAAAUAAGCAUCCUGAGGAUGAAAGGCCUCCCAAAAGUGGGGAUAAGACUGGAAUCAAAGAUAAUAAACCAGAAGAUGAUCACAGGAUUCAGAACCAGUUCAGUCUCAAACAGCAGUCUCGUGGCAGUCCUGGUAACUCCCCAGGCUAUAGCACAGUUGGCGAGUCAUCUUCAGCCUCACACUCCUUUUCUUUGCCUCCAUAUAGCCUUUACCCCAGUGAACUUGAUGAGGACCAAUUUAUCUCCCCAUAUGCUAGUUUCACCUCACUAUCUGAGAGGCCUGCACCCAUCCUCAAUGGCUGGUUGGACAAACUUUCCCCCCAAGGGUAUGCCCUGUCUGGGUUCCUGCUCUCCUCCUGUUUCUGCAUUUCCUCCCUUCUUGAGGGCUGUCUUUGUCUCCUGUCCAUCCUUUCCUGCCGGAAUUACGUGUUCCAGAAGCGCUAUGUAAAGUUUGAUGGAAAGAAUCUGAUGUAUUAUGGCAGUGAAAAGGACACAUACCCAAAAGGUGUGAUUCCUCUUGGCGCUAUACAAAUGGCCAGAGCAGCCAAAGACAACAAAUUUGAAGUUGUGACGAAUCACAGGACAUUUGUUUUCCGUGCAGACAAUGAAGUGCAGAGAAGUAAGUGGUGCAGUGUGCUGCAGGAGUGGGUGAAGGAGCAGAUGGUGUUUGGUCGGCCACGUUUUGGCCCAGGGAGCCACUGCCAGAAGAAUGGUCUGUUAGAGCUUAAAGGGAUAAAGUCAAAGAUCUAUGCUGCAAUUAUAACUGAGCAGAUUUGGCUUUAUAAGAAUGAGCAGUGUUUUAAGAAUGGCAUUGGAAUUACUGUAAUUGAGGCCAGAGGCGCUACAAUCCGAGAUGGAAAGAACAAAAGCUUUGACCUCAUAACUCCUUACAAGGUCUUCAGCUUCACGGCCGAGUCGGAGCGGGAGAAACGGGAGUGGAUGGAAACUCUGCAGGAGUCUAUCGCAGAGACACUGUCCGAUUAUGAGGUUGCUGAGAAAAUCUGGUCUAACCGCUCCAACAGGGUAUGUGCGGACUGCAAAGCCAUCAAUCCUGACUGGGCUUCCAUCAAUCUCUGUGUGGUCAUUUGCAAGAACUGCGCAGGCCAGCACAGAGGACUGGGCACAAUGGUGUCCAAAGUGCAGAGUCUGAAACUGGACACCAGUGUUUGGAGCAAUGAGAUCGUUCAGCUCUUCAUAAUGCUGGGUAAUGACCGAGCCAAUGAGUUCUGGGCUGCCAGGUUGCCAGCAGCUGAUGAAAUGGACUGUGAUGCUUCUCCAGAACAGCGGAGGGAGUUCAUAACCCAGAAAUACAAAGAAGGGCGUUUCCGCCACCCUCACCCCAGCUUUAGCACGCAGGAAGAAUUACUUAAGGCACUGUGCACAGCUGUGACUGAACAGAACCUCUUGAAGACAGUCACUCAGUUAUUUGCAGAGGCAGAAGCGGCCCGACUCUCCGACUCGAAUGGACACGAGAAGCACCUGUCUCUGCAUUACCCUUACACACAGGCCUCAGAUUCCAGUGUGUAUGAUGAGAUCAUGCAGCCAGUCUUGUAUUCUGGCUACCUCUACAAGUCAGGCUCCAUGAACAAAGGCACUUUAUCCCGCAGAACCAGGGAAGAUUUUCAAAAGUAUUGGUGCUCGGUGGAGAAGUCUCUUCUAUUUUAUGAGUCUGAUAGGUGCCAUGAGCCCAGCAUGAAGAUAGAGAUCAAAGACAUCAUCUGUUUAGGAGUUAGCAGGCCUGACUCAUGCACCAACAACAAUGGUUUCAUUGACAGCUCCCUUUGUUUUAGGUUUCGAUACACUUUCGAACUCUACCUGACAUCUGAAAAGCUUGUCCAGUUUGGCUUAGAAACUCCAGAAGCGCUACACAGUUGGGCAAAAGCUAUAGGAAAGGCCACCACGCCUCUGAGCUGCCACUGCUUACUGACAAGGGAGUUUCAGCGUGUAGGCAUGUUGCGCUAUAAAGCCAUGCUGGACCCGCGACAGUGGAAAGAGGGCUUCUUUGUUCUGCAAAAGUCUAACCUCUUCAUUUGCCCUGGAAAUGAUGGUGCUGCCGAGGACAUUAUUAACCUGAAACGCCUGCAGGAGCUCAGUAUUGCAUCAGAGACUGACAACCAUGAAAAGAAAGACAUUUUGGUUUUAGUGGAAAAAGGAAGGACCCUACACCUAAAGGGCAUGGGGCGUACAGACUUUUCUCUGUGGUACACCGACAUCCAGAAGGCAGCAGGAGGCAAAGCCAACACGCUGAAGGACCAACAGCUGAGUAGGAAUGACAUCCCCAUUAUUGUGGACAGCUGCAUUGCUUUUAUUACACAGUAUGGUCUUGGCCAUGAAGGGAUAUACAGGAAAAAUGGUGCCAAGUCCAGGAUCAAGCUUCUGAUGGAAGAGUUCCGGAAGGAUGCUCGCAAUGUGAAACUCCGCAUCGGAGAUAAUUUCAUUGAGGAUGUCACAGAUGUGCUGAAGAGGUUUUUCCGUGAGAUCGAUGACCCCAUAUUCAUGGCUGAUCUGCACCCGUACUGGAAGGAGGCUGCCAAAAUAUCUAAUAAGACGCAGAGAUUGGAUAGAUAUAAAGAGCUCAUUCGUGGUUUGCCACGAGUCAACCGCACCACUUUGGCUGCUCUCAUCAGUCACCUCUACAGGGUACAAAAAUGUGCCAACCUGAACCAGAUGUGCACAAAGAACCUGUCUUUGCUGUUUGCCCCAAGCCUCUUUCAGACAGAUGGUAAAGGAGAGCAUGAAGUAAAGAUUGUAGAGGACCUCAUUGACAACUAUCUCUAUGUCUUUGAUAUUGAUGAAGAACACAAAACACAGAUUGAACUGGAAAUUAGUCUCAUCACAACCUGGAAGGACACACAGCUCUCUCAAGCAGGAGACUUGAUUAUUGAGGUUUAUCUGGAGGAAAAAACACCAGACUGCUGCAUCACUCUAAAAGUUUCCCCCACUAUGUGUGCUGAAGAACUCACUAACCAGGUGCUGUAUAUGAGGAAUAUCCCUGCAAGUGAAAAGGAUGUGUGGAUGACCUUUGAAACCAUUGAGGAUGGGGAGCUUGAACGGCCUCUACACCCAAAAGAAAAGGUUCUGGAACAAGCACUUCAAUGGUGUACCAUGGCUGAUCCUAGCUCUGCAUAUUUGUUGGUAAAGAAGGUGCCCAGAGGAGAGGUGAUUGACAUCUUUACAGCGUACAAAAGUGAAAUUAUAAAGUUUGGAGUCCUGAAGUGCCGAGAGGAGCCACCCAAACUUCUGCAAGGGACCAAGUUCCAGGAGCAUCUGUUCCAAAUCCAGGAUCACAAAUUACUCUUAAUGAAAGAUAAGAAAACCAACAAACCUGAAAAGGAGUGGCCACUAAAAACUAUGAAGAUUUACAUUGGAAUAAAAAAGAAGUUGAAACCACCAACAAAAUGGGGUUUCACUGUGAUAAUAGACAAACAUCAGAUGUAUCUCUGUUGUUCCAGUGAAACAGAGCUUUGGGACUGGAUGACCAGUCUCCUGAAAGCACAGAACGAUGACCUGCGGCCUCCGGUGAUGAGACGCCACUCCUCUUCUGACAUCUGCAAGCAAAAGUUUGGCACCAUGCCCUUAGUUCCAAUCCGUGGAGAAGAGAGCAACACCAACACCAACUCCACCAUGCUUUCUGCCAAUCAGACCCUGAGAAAGCUACAUGAUAGGAGGACAUUAUCAAUGUAUUUUCCAAUGAAGGUGCAACAUGACUCAUUGGAGGAACAAGAUGAAAGCCCAGAGCCACUCUAUGAGGAGGUUGGUGACUUUGGCCUGCAGGUGCUGAAGUCCCUGGAGAACAGCUUUCUAUCCACUGGCCAUUCCAGGAGUUUGGAGGUGCCUCCGCGCGCCGAGAGUCUUGUCCAGGGAAAGAGCAGGUCUCUGGAUCGCACAGUUGUCCCAAAUCUAACCCUUUCUAGCGGUGGAGACGGAUCUUUGGACACGCUGAGGCAUGCGGAACCACGUGUCUCUUUAGAGCGCAAAUCCUGUAGUCCUUCAGAAGAGCUGCUGUUACAUGAACUCUCAACAAUUUUUAGGAAACCAGAAGAUGAUGAACAGUGAUUUUCUAAAAGCCUGACUUAAGAUGACCAGCUGCACCUUUCUUACACAUCCAAGCCCAGAAACCGGUAUUAUAUCCUGUAGUCUGGAUGUGCAGUUCUACUUAAAUGUCUUUAAAGUUUUUUCUCACAAGGAUUUUGAGCAUGGCUAUUAGUCACAUGCUUGUAUUAUUUCACAUUCAUUCAAUAUUCUGGUAUUAUAUUGGACAAUUGACUUCUAAUAUCUGUAAUUCUUUUAAGUGCUUUGUAUAUAACUGGUAUGGAAUAUCAGCUGGUAUAUGACCUGCUUGUGUUAACAAACUUGACUUAUUUUAAGCAAUCUUUAAAGACCAAAUAGAACAUCUCAGUUUAGUUGUUCAUAAUCAGGCUAUGAAGUUUCACGCUUUCUGUGUUGUUUUUUAAUAAUUAAACUGCCAUAUUUAGUCAUGA